GAUGAAUAAUGACAUUGAUAAUUGUAAUGAAAAAUCAGGUAUUAAAAAUAUUAAAUUAUUCAAAAAAAUAUAUUAAACUUAAGUAGUAGGUAUUUACAAAGUUAUUUGUUUGAUAAAACAAUAGAAAGUGAUACUAUGAGUGUUUUUAUUUAUAAUCCUCAGGGUUGGAUUUAACAAAAGAAUUUCCAACUGAUCGUGGUCAUUUUGAUGAAAGUAUGCUAAUUAGUUUUAAUUUAAAAAGAAGUAUUAUUUUGUAUGGACCAUGUAGACCUACCACAUUUGAAUUUCCAUUUACUCCAGAUAGUAGUGGUUACAAUCGGAAAUUUACACCACACUUUUAUUUCAAAACAGUUAAGUCUGGAAUUCGCAUUCCUAGAUUGUGGUUAUGCUAUUCUAUAAUUUUAGAUCGGGUAUAUUGUGAAACUUGUUGGUUAUUUUCAAACAGACUUGAAAAAAGUUUCAAAAAUAAUUGGAUUUUAGGUAUAAAUGACUGGCACCAUAUAGGUGAUAAAAUUAAUGUUCAUGAAACAUCAAGACAACACAUACAAGCUGUCGACACUCGCUGUCUAUGGUUGAAAAACAGAACAAUAGACAGUCAACUGGAAAUUCAGAUAAAUGAAGAAGCAUUGUUUUGGAAAAAUGUAUUAACCGUCUUAUAAAAAUUUAUUUUAACUGCAGUCAACACUGCUCUUAGAGGUAAUGAAGGUAGUAAUAAAAAAGAAAAUCUAUCUGAAGGAAAUUUUAUAAGGACAGUUAAAUUAUUAGCAGAUUUUGAUCCAGUUCUACACCAGUUGUUAAAUGAAGACAAAUAUAAAAUAAAAUAUCUAAGCUGGCAAUUACAAAAUGAUAUUAUUCAAUUGUUAUCUACUGAAGUUCUGAAUAUUCUAGCAAAUGAAGUGAAAACUUCUAAGUUUUAUUCAAUUAUAGUUGAUUCCACACAGGACAUUACAAAAAUUGAUCAACUAAGCAUUAUUUUGAGGUAUGUUGUUGUAAAUUAUGACCAAAAAUCAAUUGAGGUAAAAUAAUCCUUUUUUGGUUUUUUUGAGGUAAAAAAACAUGGAGCAGCUGAUCAUGAAAAUCUUAUAUAUAAA